ACGUUUGUUGCCCAACUCGCAGCGCAUCGGCGAUCCAGUACAGACGAGCUACCUGAUGUGAUGGCCACAGGGUAGUUCCGCGCUCUGCUCAGCAAUCGAGCGCACCACCAUUGGCGAAGUGUUCAGAGCUCAUGGAUAUCCAGCAUUGGCUGGAGCACACUGCCGACAGAGAGCCCCCACCGGCCUCGGACGAGGCAGGGUUGCCUGACUUUAUCCAACCACGUAGCGAGCCAGGCGUACCAGCCCGUAAGUACCGUCGGAAAAGAAGGAGGGAAUCCAGCGACAGCUCACUAUUGGAUUUGCAACGCGCAUACCGUCCCCUCGCCACCAAUCAUGCACCACCGUCUCAUGCUGCGCAUGACCCCGACAACGCAUCUGGAAGCUCCCGCAGUAGGUAUAGGUCUGGAAGCUCGAGACAUGAUCCAGUCCGAACAAAACCCAAAACUUACGAGAGGCGAGCGCGACAUAAAAGCAAGCCUGACCGCUAUGAGCCGAACUCGAAGCACAAGCGCAAAGAACGAAACGCCGGCAACGUGAAGCCGAAGCGUCGCAAGUCGCGGCGCAGCGGUGAUGGCGGGCGGACUGCAGGACUCGUGUCAGCAUUUCAGCUCAAAACUGGACCGAAGAGGAGUCGCCUCACUCUCAGUGCUGAGGCCCACGGUGGCCUGUUUAGACACGGGCGUGCCUCUGCGCAGAUCGCAGGACGCGGCUCAGGGUUGCCGGACCUAGUGUUCAAUGAGUUGCGCUUCCUGCAGCGACCGAAAGAUCACCAAGACGAGUCGAUCGACAUGCACGAACCGCAUCCGUCCAGAAAAGGCCGUGAACGGCGGCGGGACGGGACUAUCUCAGCGUACUUCGCAGCCAAGCGACUCGACCUUGCCACAGCAGCACAGAACAAGCUGGAGGAACACGCAUGCGCCGAGCUGCGUGACCGAACAACGAGAGGAUCAACUGUAAUCAGGGCGCCUGUUGAGCUGCCAGAUAAGCCGUUCCUGGGUUUCGGCAGUAAAGGCCGCCCCACUGACAGUACCCAUACCGCACCACAAAGCAACAGCUGCUAUACCUGGUCGGCUUCCGUUGUGCCUCUCACAGAGCAGGCCGAGCCUGGACUAGAAGCGCAACAGACAAUAGCGACGGUAGCACGAUCCAAACAUGGUGACGAAUAUACGAGUGUUAAAGCUGUGCCACCACGCUUGAUGGUACAGCGCAAACUUGUCAGCCCAGUGCCGCGGAAGGAGCAACGUCGCCGAUCAAUGGACCGCUCUCCAGGUUCACCGGAAGGCCAUUGCAGACAGACAAGGCGCGUGCGACGGCCCGCGGUGGUCGAGGUCCACAAGCCACCGGGUGCGCCUAGUGAGCAGUUCGUUGAUCGUGCUGUACCUGGGGACAAAACAGUUUCUCAGUCGCUAACUCAUUAUCCGUCUUCCGGGCCAGGUCGGGUGAAGCCUAAUCAUGCUAAAGGCAAGCAUUGGGGACCAGAACCUGCGGGCUACCACACCUCAGACAUUCUCAGCGUUCAGCCUUGGGUGACAGGCGGUCCUGAUGCUGCACAGCAAGAUCAGCCGCCUCAUUCAAUGGCUGUGCCGUUGUUGGAGAAAGAGAACAUUGACCCGCGCUCAUUUACACCGACGAGCAAGCUUCUCAAGCGAGCGUGGGAUGCCGUGCAACCCUCGUUGCGCGACGACCCUCAUGAAGACGCAGAGACAACCCGGCGCCCUGGUGUUGUGAUGCGACCAAAUCAGAAGCACGGCGCAGCGGCUGAACGACUGACGCCGAUUCCUGCUCGAUCUGCGAUACGGAACGAGCUGCAGACAAACCGUGAGCGAAUAUCAGCACUACCCGAAAGGCGCUUAGGAAUUGUAAAUGCUCUAAGGCCGCGAUCACGGCGACAAGUGAUACUGCCUUCUACGACCUACAAAGACCGGCCCAGCAUCUACCACCAUGCCUACGUACAUCGUCAUGGCGCAUCCGCAACGUACGAUGAGGAGAUGCUUGACAAUCUCAAUGACGAACCAACCUUGAGCGGCCUUGCGAAUGUGUUUGGAAGACGGCCCCGUACUGAGCACCUCGUGCGCGACACGACAUCACAUCUGCCUGCUGGCUUCUUCCAAGCGCAGGCGGAACAUACGAUCUCAGCAGAUUUGGAGCCUUUAGCCUCCGGAGAACCAUUAGCGGCAAGAAGGACGCCGUCAGUCCACGGCCUGUCGAUUCUGAACGAGUUCAGGAGUGAUCGAUCUGCUUUUCUUCUGACCGACGAUGCAGAUGAAUCCAAUCAAGAUUUUGCAGGGUUUUGGAGGCCGCACAGGUUGUACUGAUAAGGCAUUGCUGGCAGAUUGAAGCGUUCGCUU